AUGAGAUUCUUUUCCGACAACGCGGCGUCAUUCCGAAGAGCGGCAAAAGAAAUCAAGUGGCUAUUCGAUCUUGCGAGAUCAGAGGAAACUCGAGAAUUUCUGUCGAAGAGCAGAAUAACGUGGGAAUUUAACACCGAGAGAGCGCCGUGGCGUGGAGGCUUCUACGAAAGGCUUUUCCGAAUGAUCAAACAACCGCUGAGGAAAAUUUCGGGGAGAAAUUUACCAUCAUUCAGAGAACUAGAAACAGUCCUCACGGACAUAGAGAAAAUGGUAAACGAUAGACCACUGACUCAUAUAGGCAACGAUCCGAAUGAGGUGCUGCCCCUCAGACCAUCGGAUCUGCUAUAUGGAGUCCAGGCGAGACGAGCGUUACCAGAGACGAUGGAAAUCAUCAAUAGCGCGGAGCAUGCUACGGCAGAAGCAUUGACGACCAGAUGGAAACAUCAGCAAAAUAUUAUGAAUGAUUCCUGGAAACGAUUCCGAAAGGAAUACAUUCAGCAUUUGCGAACAGCGCACAUGAGCAAACCGGUCAGGGUACGUCCCAUUAAAAUCGGAGACGUAGUCCUCUUAGAUGAUCCGGCAGCUUCGCGAAGCUAUUGGCCAAUGGGGAGAGUAACGGAGUUUUCUGGCCGGGAGGGGCCGGAUGGAAAGCGAAGGACCUGCAUGGUCAGGUUACCAUCCGGAAAGUCUCUGCGGAGGCCCAUCCAACUAUUAUACCCACUCGAUAUAGCCCUGUGGCGGGCGCCGCACAUUUCCAUAUUAUUACGCGAAGACGACGAAGCAAUAAAUUCAUUCAGUCCGUAG